CGUCGUGCCGUCGUACCGUAUCGUAUCGUACCGUACCGUACCGUUCCGUGGGCGGUGAUCGGCGCGAUCGGCCGAGCGGAGCGGAGCGGAGCAGAGCAGAGCACAGCGGCAGCGCGAGGGGCCCUAUGUCAAAUCGACGUCGACGGCGAGGACGAAGUGCGCCAGCAUGAAGAAACUAUUCUCCAAGAUCGACAACACGUCGAAGGAACCCAACAGUUACCUGGGGAAGGUGUUUGUCGUGGGCCGCCACACUGUCACCGUCGAAGAGGUCCUGGCAGAAGGAGGAUUUGCGAUUGUAUUUUUGGUUAAAGCCUCAGGUGGACGAUAUGCACUUAAACGAAUGUAUGUCAACAAUGAACAUGAUCUCAAUGUGUGCAAAAGAGAAAUUCAAAUUGCUAGCAACCUGAGUGGUCAUAAAAAUAUCAUAGGAUAUGUAGAUAGUAGCAUAACUCACACCAGUGGAGGAAUACAUGAACUUCUGCUUUUAAUGCCUUACUGUAAAUCCCAAGUUCUUCAAAUGAUGAAUAACAGGUUGCAAACAGGUUUCAGUGAAUCAGAAGUUUUAUCAAUUUUUUGUGACGUUUGUGAAGCUGUGUCAAGAUUACAUCACUGUCAAACGCCCAUAAUUCAUAGAGAUCUCAAGGUGGAAAAUAUAUUGCUCGCUGACAGCGGUCAUUACGUUUUGUGUGAUUUUGGAUCUGCAACGGGAAAGGUUCUUAAUCCCAGUGUCCAUGGUGCUGCUGUAGUCGAGGAAGAAAUAAAGAAAUACACCACUUUAAGCUAUAGAGCACCUGAAAUGGUUGAUAUGUACUGUGGAAAGCCUAUUACUACAAAAGCAGAUAUUUGGGCUUUAGGAUGUUUGUUGUAUAAACUCUGCUUUUUUACACUACCGUUUGGCGAAAGCACGCUUGCCAUACAAUCUGGAAAUUUCACUAUACCGGAUAAUUCAAGAUAUAGUAGAGCACUCCAUUGUUUAAUUCGAUAUAUGCUUGAACCAGAUCCUGACAUACGUCCUGAUAUUUAUCAAGUUUCCGCAAUUGCUUUUCAAAUUCAGGGUAAAGAGUGCCCUGUGCAAAAUUUACAUAAAGUCCCAAUUCCGGCGAUAGAAUCAUUAUCAUGCCCACCUAUGGAAUCCGAAAAUAUUAAAAGAUCGGCAUCUGUAAAAACUCCGAAACCUACGCCUAUAGCGACGACAGUUGAGGGCACAUCUGUGACGCCGAGGCAAAGACCAAAAGGGCAAGCCGUUAGCACGGGACCGAUCAGUUUGAGUGGUCAAAUCGUAGGACAAAUAUCAGGCCAAGGAAAUCAGACGCAAAUUACGCCGUCAAAUUCUGUCUCUUAUGUUCAAGUAAGAUUAACAAAUCGCUUGCGUACUCGAUUCCUCCGCUAUACGAAAAUGUUUAAGUAUCUUCAGCAAACGCUUAAUAUAAUCGUUUCGUUUUGUCAGGUAUCGCCACAAGUUUGCACCCCCAGUCAAAAUGUUCCCUUUGGCCAGUCACAAGGGCAGCCGUCGCAGUACGGUCAAUCACAGAGCCCAAUGAUCAGUCAUUCUCCUUUAACUCAGCAGUCACCCGUCACCGUUCAAGAUAAAAAUGCAUUUUACUUUGAUUCAAGGCAGCACGACGCGAGAGCUACGACGAACGUGAACGAGAAAAAUUUGGAAGCUCUAUUUCCGCCGUCAGGGUAUCCAGAUCCGUUCAAGGAUGACGCGAGAGCAAUGCCGCCACCUGCCAAAAUACCACCUCCUGUUGCACCGAAACCUGGCAAGAUUCUUCCGAAACUAUCUAAUCCUAGUUAUCCAUCGUCAUCCAAGUAUCCGCCAGUCACUUCAUUACCGUCGAAAUUAUCCAUUCCGACGGGGCCUAACAAGGCGACUCCACCAACGGUAACGCCACCAGCUUUGCCGAAACCGGUUAAUAAGACAGAAAGUUUGAGUCAAAAUAUAAGUUCGAGCAUAUCUCCGCCUGACAGUCCGACAUUAUCGUCCUCACGUCAUAGGAGGAACGUCAGUGAUACGAGUGCUUUUAAUAAAGCAUUUGCAACUGAAACUACGCAGUUCUUAGCGCCAUAUAUAGAGGCUUCGGUCAAGCCACGUUCAGAUGAUCCAACUACGCCACCGGAACUUCCAAGUGACACAAGGCCUUGUAUAGCAACUAGUGCCUCGCAUGUACGUGUUGGUGAACUUUCAAGCCGAAUGGGAUCAGAGGGGAGAUCAUUGAGCGCAGAUGUAGCGACGUGGAAUCCGUUUGAGGAUGUACAACCUUUUAAUCAGUUAACGGAAGAUCAUAUCUUUGGUGCUGAAUUUGAUAAAAUAAGGAGAGGGAGCAACACUAGUAUCAGUGGGGUAAAAAGUCGCGAAAGCCUUGUUAUGACAUAUACGGAAUUACCAGAAGAUCCUUUUGAAUCUGCACCUUUUAGCCUGCCAACGGGGAAGAAGAAUAAAAUCGGGUCAAAGACUGCUGCUAUUGCUGGAGGGAAAUCAACAAACGGUAAAGCGAAGGUGCCCUUGGCGCAGUGGAACUCCGGGGUUGAGCAUGGUGGCAACGUUGGUAGCGUGGACGACGAGGCGUCCUUGAUCACGGAAUCCAGUCCAGUUUCACCGCCGUUUGUCCGUGCUCCGGCGGAGGACCGUUCCAAGUACGAGAAACUGGCAUUCAAUGCCGAUGAGAUAUCAAGUGAUAGCGACAAAGAAGCCAAGGAAGUGAAGGAGCGAGCGAAGAAGGCAAAGAGAAGGCGUGUAAAGAACGUGCUGAGCCGUAGAAGAAGAGUCGCUGCCCAGCUGCACGACAAUGCGGAGAACACGACGAACGUGGAUUACGAGUCGGACGAUUCGAUCGGUUCGGCCAGCGACCUACGCGCGAUGAACGACGAGGAAGGUAAUGACGGCGAGGUGAAUGACGACGAGGACGACGAGGACGGUGGCGUGUGCAGAAAACACGACGAGACCAUCUCCGAGAGUGUGCGCACGUGUGGCAGCUCCGCGUAUCACGCGGAGUGCGAGUCUGUUGCGACACACGAAGAUGAUUACAGGAUGAAGAGGCUGAGGAAGCACCACUAUCGGCAGCAGGAGCAACAGCUGCCGACAAUCGACGCGGAUCCGGUCGUUGGCCAUCAGUAUGGUGAGAAGCCAUUGUUGUUGGAUGACGAACUAGACCCAGAGUCCAAACCGGAGCAAUCGCACGGCGAUCCUUUCGUGCGGCAUCAGUAUGGCUCAAAGCCGUUGCUGUUUAACAACGGCGACAGCUCGUCUGACGACAACGACAAGUCCAAGUCGCUCAACAACGGGAUUUGGAAAGUGGAGGAUGACGUGUUUGCCUUGGCACCUUUUCCGAGGUCCAGCAGCUCGCGGAAGAGCAGCGACAGUCGCGAAAGCGAGUCCAGGAACAUCGAUCUAGGCGGCAGUGCGAGGAACUCACCUCACAACUCGAAUCUGGUGACACCGAUCUCGAGUUCACCUAUACCGGCGGAGGUGUUUGUGGACAUGGUGGAAAGUAAACCCGCGCCUCCGCCGUCCAAGUCUGCCGUUCUCUCUUGUAAAUAUCCCAAAAGCAUCGCAAUUGUGAAUAGCAAGACUAUCUACGAAGAGCCAGUGUCGUUCCAUCAGCCGAGCGUUAUCCAAACGUCGUCGCCAGUCAAAAGCAGUUCUCAUGUCUGCGUUGCCGAAGAGGAAGAGGAGGAGGAGGAGGCUGAAGAGAACAUUGAGAAGGAUCUCUUCGGUUCCUCCCCAUUUAGCCCGAGCGGAUUCACCAAUCCUUUUAAUAACGCUCAGUCCAAUUUUUCGAACAUCGACUCCGCACCAACUCAGCCCUUGUCAAUCCUGAGUCCAGUCGGCCCUUCAUCGUACAUUGAUUAUGUCAACUGCGUUUCACUGCAGUCCCACAACGCGGCAUCGGACAAUUAUUUCACUAGUCACUCGAACACAAUCGCGUCCACGUCGAAAUAUGGCAUGGUGACGGUGAACUCCGACCCAACGAUUAGUGUGGAACCCUCCAAGGAUCUCUUCGGAUCGAUUCCGUUCGAGGAAUUCGCCUCGCUGAAGCUGAAUGAGCAGCAACAACAACAGCAGCAACAACGCCCGACGUCUCUGUCGCUGUCGCAAUCACUGUCACAGUUGCAAUCACAGUCGCCGAACUACGUGGACAACGUCGCGUUAACGACGACGUUGCCGAUCAGCAGCGUCGUGCAGUCCCCAAAGAAUACCGUCGUUCAUUUAACAUCCACCCCGUCAUCACAGCCACAACCAUCCGCCUAUAUGAUUCAAACGACCACCACGCAUACCGCAAGAAUCACCGUGCACGCAGUCAACAGCGUCUCUAAGGUGGACAUCACAUCCAAUAUGAUGUCACCCAUGUCGCCCGAGCCUCUAGUCGUCGUGGACGACGACACGCCGAAACACAACAAGAAAGACAAAUCCAAAUCGGACAAGUCUAAGUAUCACCUGAUCAAUGAAAACCACGGUGACGUCACCAACGUAUUACCGACUUAUAAGGCGUCUCACAAGAUCAAAUCGGCAAGCCACAAGAAAACACCCAAGGGCAAGAAGAGCACGGCCGCAACCGCUGGUUUCAGUAAUAUGAGCUUCGAAGAUUUUCCCAGCGAUGAGAAUGAAGAGAGGCAAACAGAUCGAAUGAAGGUAGCGCCUUUUGAGGUAAUCCGCGAAGCGUCGGAGAAGCGUUUUGGAUCAUUGAAGAGGCGGAGCAAUCCGUUCACCUGAAAUGAGAUGGUUUUUGUUAGAAGCUAGUUAAUACAAAGUCGUUUAUUAGCAACACAGGAACGGAGCAGCGACAUGAUAUAGUUGAUUAAUUCGUUGUGUAUAUUGUAGAGAUAAACAUCGGCAAACACACCGUUCUAUGCACACAAAAUUAUUUGAUUGGUCAGAGUUUUAUUACGUGUAUUGUGAAUGCACAUACAUACACACACUAACAACGUUAGUUGUUACGUACGCAAGAUAUUAAUCUUAAUAGAUAGUAAAAAUGACAUACGAUAAAAUUUCCAUCGGGGAGUUGAUACACAGGUUGUAAAUAUGUAGAAAGCGUUUGCGUUUAAGACAAUUUGUUUUUCGGACGCGCAAAUACGUCAAGAGUGAAAUUCCGAGUGAAUAAAGUUGCGUUUGUUUCACAUGCUUGUUUUUGGAAUGCUCGUUUGUGAAAAAAUAAUAAUAAGUCAGAUAAAUUAAUUUAUUUAAUAGAUCUCUUGUAGAAGAUUGCAAAAAGUAAUAUUUAAAAUUUUUACCUCUAUGAUUAAGCCAAAUCUCGAAUGUUGCAGUAUUAGAAACUGCUUCUUUAAAUGCUUAACUUACUCUCGAAUUAACAAAAUUCUACGAUCAUGAUCAACAUCUUUUUGACACCCGUGCAUUUUUUUCACAAACGUCGACAAUGUGAUGUGAUAGCAGCAAAAGCUGCAUAUGUUUAUAUCAGAAGGCAUACAACAUGAGCAGAUAUAUUUAUAUGUACACAUGCCUAACUGACAAACGUGUGAUGGAUCGUAUAAAGCGUGAUUUACACUAAUGUCGGAAAGUAUUAAUUCAUAUACUACCAUUUUUUAAUUACUUUUUGCAUUUUUAGAAGAUUUACACAGACAAGACAGAUAGCCAUAAGAAGUUGACGGAAAAAAGACAUUAUAUUAAAGAAAACUGUUGAUUUUUGAAACAUUGAAAAGAAAGAGUGAGAAAGAGAAAGAGAGAGAGAGAGAGAGAGAGACACUUCCCAACUUAUGAUUUAACAUAAAACCAGGUUGUGGAACUUGGCAGCUCGAUACCAAAAAUGAUAAAACUAGGUAGAGAAAGCUCGUGCAUCUAUUUUUGCAGCUAAGUCUUUUCACUACGUUUGUACUUUACAAAAUUUGUAGAUUUCUACUAGUUCAAUCUACUAGUUCAUACAAAGCAAUUUUUCUAAGAAAGUUAAUCUGUGUACUAUAUACAUAUAUAUACCUGUAAACGUAAUUCAUUGUAAAAUUGAUGAAAAAGAUAAUUUUUUUAUUCUAUUUAUGGUCUCUUGAAGAAGAGAUUAUAACAGAGUAUGAAAAUUAACAUAAUGAAUAAUUUACAGAAAUUAGUGUUACAAAGGCGCAGAUAAUAGCAUUGUGAAGCGAUUCGUAACAUUUGUAAAGGAGCGAAUAAGCUCGCCUAUAGAAUUGGCCUUACCGUGUAAGACUGACUUAUUGUUUAACAGUCUCGAUUUACAUUUACAUUGUGUAAGAUAGCUAUGUUUUAAUAACGUUAUGGUUCAUAGACAUUAUUCGAAUUAUUCGAAACGAAAACUGAUUAUACGCGAUUAUUAUGUCCCUUAUGAUGGAGACUGUUAAAUAAAAUAUAUGAAAAGUAGAUGUGAUACUAGUACUUAGUGUAUAGGUACUAGUAAGAACACUUAUCGACAUUAAUUUUUCUAUCUCACAUUGAGAGAAUAUCUUGUAUGUGUUAAAUUAUUUGAUUUCAGCAAUUAAAUUUUAA